CUGCACUGCUCACACCCAAGCAUGGAAAUGCGGAAGUGAAGAAUUUAUUUUGGUGUGUGGAGCAGCUUGGCUGUAGCGUAGUUGGGUGGGUGGUCUGCCAGUAUCAUUGUAAGAACAGUUUGUGACGACCCUGGUUUAUCUGAAAGCAUGUGCACAGGCUGUGUUCAGAAACAGUAUCCCGACAGGGGAAAUACUUGUCUUGAGAACGGAUCCUACCUCAUGAACUACGUGGGCUGUGCCAACUGUCACCAGAGGGACUUCGUUAUGAUAAACAGCAAUACCACAGUGGAUGAGGAUGGAGAAGAAAUUGUCACGUAUACACAUGCGUGUAAAAACUGCGACCACGUCAUAGCUCGACACGAAUACACCUUCUCAGUCGUAGACGACUACCAGGAAUACACGAUGCUGUGCAUGCUGUGUGGGAAAGCGGAGGACUCCAUCAGCGUCCUGCCAGACGACCCCCGACAGUCCGCGCCGCUAUUCUAGAACUCCUGUGACAACCCCGACAGUCCGCGCCGCUAUUCUAGAACUCCUGUGACAACCCCGACAGUCCGCCCCCCUAUUCUAGUCGGAUCAUCCCCCUCUGCAAUCGCUUGUCUAGAAAGCAGCAGGACCAGAGGGUAUACUAACAA